AUUCCCUUUAUAUACCAUAAAAUAUCGUAACAUAUUAUAUUAUUUAAACGCGUCACAAUAGGUAAAGCCGGUAAAGGUCUGUUACAUGCCAUCGUCGUUGUCACCGCGUCGCCACGUGUCCGGGGUCACGACGAUAACAACAAUAACAAUAAUAUUAUUACCUACAAAUUCUACGGCCGACGAGAUAAAUAGUGUUUUCAAAUAGUAUUUAUCACACCUGUGCGACGACGGUGUUUACUGCCUUCAGCUGAGUGCCUACCUGUAAUAUAUAAUAUUAAAAAUAUCCGACGAACCAUAUAUCGUCUUCUGCUGGCUAGUGGCGACUGACGAAUAUCAACUUGAAAUGCGCUGUCCACUGAUUCUUUAAUAAUAUAAUCGCUCUCCGUUAGAACGCCGCUGCCGAUAAAUUAUUACCAUCGACGUUUCAUUGUUAUCGAUAGUGUUACGUGCAUCGAUAUACCGUUAGUAUAUUUUAUACUUACGCAUCAAUAUCGUCAGACGGCAAUUACGAAAAAAAAAAAUCCGUCAUAACAUUUCCAAGGACGAAUUCCUGAAACCACGGUGGUUUCGGUUUUUGAUUCAUCGCACCGUGAAAGGCCGCACGGAAUUAUCGAGUGUAUCGAUUAUCACCACCACCCGAUCGCCAUGGAGGACAUCGCGUUGGGACCGUCGGUGACCCGACCGCAGUCGAAGACCGAAGAGGUGGCCAUCAUGAUCAGGGACGCCGUGAAGGUAUACGACAAGAGCAACGUGGUGUUCAGGGGUUUGAACAUGACCGUGCCAAAGGGUAAAAUUUAUGGACUUUUGGGACCUAGCGGAUGUGGUAAAACAACGCUUUUAAGUUGCAUUGUCGGUAGAAGCGAACUGGAUUCUGGUGAAAUAAUGGUAAAAGCGCUUAAAAGAGAAGAUAUCGGAUAUAUGCCACAAGAUUUAAAUUUACACGAACAUUUAACAAUAUCACAAACUUAUAAGUUCUAUGGUGGUAUGCUUAACAUGAAUAAAGAUGAAAUCGCAAAAAGAACCAAAGAAUUAGCGUUACUAUUGGAACUUCCAUCUGAUAAUAGAUUAGUUGAAACACUUAGCGGUGGACAACAAAGAAGAGUGUCAUUAGGAGUUGCUCUUUUGCAUAAUCCAAAUAUUUUAAUAUUAGAUGAACCUACGGUCGGAUUAGAUCCAGUUCUAAGUCAUAGUAUUUGGAACCAUUUGGUGUCCUUUGCUGAGGAAGGUAAAACGAUAAUCAUCACGACACAUUACAUCGAAGAAGCCAGACAAGCUCAUACAAUUGGAAUGAUGAGAGGGGGCAUUUUAUUGGCUGAAGAUUCACCUGAAACUUUAAUAGCGCGAUGUAAUACAGCUACUUUAGAAGAAGCCUUUUUGUCACUAAGUUAUAAACAAGAAACAUCUUCCAAUACUCAGGUUGAUGAUUCAUACAAAAAGUUAUCUUCCAAAAAAUCCAAUACAAAAUUAAAAUUCGAUGACGGGUUCUUCCGAUUAAAUCGAAUGAAUUGUCUCUUGUACAAAAAUGUAUCGUUGCUUUGGCAGCAAAAGUCGUUUUUAGUUUUCCUGUUUCUUCUGCCUUUAGUGCAAACUUAUUUUUUUAACCUUGCAAUUGGUCAUGAUCCGAAAGGGCUGUAUAUUGCGGUCGUAAAUGAAGAAAUACAGCAUAGACAAUCAGGGGAAUGUAAGCCCGAAUAUUACAAAGGAUGUUUCCUCGAUAAUCCUCAAGAUGUAAUAAUGAGUUGUGCAUAUGUCGAACAAAUGAAAACUAAAUCAAUGAAUAUUUUACAUUAUAACGAUGUCGAUACUGCUCUUAAAGCUGUAAAGAGGAAUGAUGCUUGGGGUUUAUUAUAUUUCCCUACUAAUUAUACAACAUCUAUGGCUGUACGUUUCGUAAACGCCUCUAGGACUUCAGACUUAGACGUAGAACUAAGUACAGUACAGGCUUGGAUAGACUUGUCUGAUCAAUACAUUGGAAAUAUGGUCAAAGCAAAUGUUAUUUUUGGUAUGCAAGAGUACUUGGGUGUAGCAUUGACUAAAUGUAAUGUUAGUACUAAAAUUGGAAACACUCCUAUAACGUUUAAAGAACCAGUAUAUGGCUCGAUAAAUACAACUUUCAUCCAUUAUGCUUCGGCAGCCAUACUGUGUCUGUGUUGUUACUAUUUGCCGGUACUGUUGACAGCGGGUUUGAUUUUAACGGAGAAAAAAGAGGGCAUGAUGGAAAGGAUGAUGGUUUCUGGUAUUAAAUUCACCGAAGUUUUAGUGUCUACAGUCAUAAUGCAAAUGAUAAUACACGUUGUACAAACGGCCAUAUCCAUGUAUGUGAUGUACAUAUACUUUGACAAUCCUUAUUUGGGAGAUCAUUUUCCCACGGUACUUAUACUCAUACUCCUAGGAGUGGAAGGAAUGAUUUUCGGUUUCUUAAUUGGUGCCAUAUGCAAAGAUUUCAUAUUCGCUACGUACCUAGGCACUGGCAGUAACUUGAUGAUGUCUUUCACUUGCGGAUUGAUUUGGCCUUUGGAAGGUGCACAUUUUUUGCUGAAAUCAACUGGUCCUCUGUUUCCAUUGACCGCACCGGUCAGGGCUUUGCUGGCCGUAACCGCUAAAGGCUGGUCCUUUGACUCCGAGCCUGUAUACAUGGGACUGUUGUCCAUAUUUGGAUGGUCAACUAUUAUGAUCAUAGCCAUAUUCAUCACUAGCAGAAUAAACAAAGAUCUAUGGAUCUUGAGAAAAUAA